AUGGAACUUUCCGAUACCGAGCUGGCAAGCAUGAAUACCCUUCAUGAUGCUGCCUUGUGGGCCGGAUUAGGUGGAAAUGCCAGGACGUCCUUGUUCCAAUUGUUGGGAGUGGAAGGCACCACUCCUGUGCGGAAUAUGGGCAUUAUCCCCGUGGAAGAUUACAAGUCCAUCAUUUCCAUGUGGACCCUUCCUGCACCCACCACUGAGCAUCCGACUGCCACAGUUCCACCAACAGCUAAUCAAGUUGGCCAGGCUGGAUUGGUUGGGCGCGCUUGCAGGGUGAAGUGUGGCACAGAGCCAAAUCGAAUUGGGACCUCCCCCGCUGCUGCUGUUGCAACAGCGUCAGGAUCAGCGGAACCCCCACCAAAGAAGGUGAAGCUCAGCAAUGUAAUUGACCAGACCAACGACACAGAAGAGGCGGUGCUCGACAAGGGCGAGAUCCAGGCGGCUUACGAUCGUUAUAAGAAGUCGUUUGGGGAUUACCCCCCAGCAGAUGAGGAACCGACUUGUGACCAGCUCACUGCGCUCAGGGCAGUUUGCAAGGCGGGAUCCCCGCCUUUUGUCGAUUUCGGAGUCUGGGGACCCCAUGGAUUUAGGCUCCUCAAGAAGCUGAAACUGAAAGGCUUGAGAUUGAGCCCAUCUGGUGAGUUGAUCACUGUUGAGAUUGCCGGUCCCAGCACCUUCGAACAGUGGGAGGCAAACUUUAGAGUGUUCAGGUCAGCAUCGAUUAUGCUCGGAGUUCUCACUCAGGCACGUUGUGAAGCUUAUGUCAACCUCAUCAGGAAGUACCAUACGUGCUAUGGUGCAAAAUGCUGGACCAUAAUUUAUCAAGCCGAAGUCCGAGCCCGGCAAGAGCAAUGGGAACGAUGCCGGAGGCUGGCAGCGGAAGAACAACGGAAGGCUGCAGCCGCGGGCCUUGCACACGAGUAUGAUCCCGACAUGCCGUGGGAACAUUCUAUGCGCAUGCUCGUUGAGUCAGUACGCUUUUGGAAAGAUGAGCUUGAAGAUCCAUGCAUGCUCAUCCUUACCAAGAGCGCCUCCGCCAGCGCGUUCGUGGAGACUGAGGGCGACCACAAGCGGGAUAUUGAGAAGGUCAAGUCCCCGGGCAUAAAGCUUCGACUUGAGGAUAAAAGUCAUAACGUGACGGAGGGGCGCUACACCACAAAUCGUCGUGGGGUCCGAUUGUGUGAGGGUUUCAAUGCCGGCGAGUGCAAGGAAGUUGACAAAUACGGCCGAUGCGCUAAGGAUUCGAAUCGAGUCCAUCAGUGCAACAGAUCGAGAUACCUCAAAGGUGGCGGGACGGAUGAAUUCGACUUCGGUUGUCCUGCUGGCAGAUCCGAUGGCUUCGCUGCUGAACUGGCGAAGCGCGGUAUACAUUGCAUGGAAUUUGACAUCGUUAAUGAGAAGGAGCAGGCACGCGUAGGCACUUUGCUGGCGUUCAGGGCCCUUUUCGCAUUCAAAGUAUCCGUCUACCAUUUCCCCGAAUGGCAAGAGGACAAACGUGGCAGAUACAAGACGAAAAAGUCAGCGGCUUACCCCCACCUCAUGAACUACGAGCUCGCCCUUGUUCUUUCAGAGGUUGAUAUGACUUGGAAUCUGGCUGGAGUCGAGCCAGACGCAAAAAGGCGGCGAUCGGCUAUCCGUGAGAUCAUCUCUGACACCUGGAAGGCUUUCCCGUCAUUGCAGGCCGAUAUCCUUCAACUGAUGUCCAACAAAGACGCUCCAUUGAUCGACUUGGAACCCGUUCGCUCCUUUUGGGGAUCUAGGCUCGGGGUGUCGGAUGUUGGUAAAGUUGACUCCGAUACAUGCAAGACCGACUUGCGUUAUGGUCUUUUGAAAGCCAUCGCCAGCAAAGCGGCCGACCCUGACCGCUCCAUUGUGGAAUGGCUGGUAGAAGGAGCUCCGGCGGGAAUUCGCGAGAACAUACAGGACCCAGGAAUCUUCCCUGUCACUGAUGAUCCCGUGGAUGCUGCUGAGGAUGAGAUGGUUUCUGGUUGGUCCGAAUUGGAAGGAUUUUCUAGCUAUUCCAGCGUGGAGGGUGAUCCUGAAGCUGGCCCGGUCAUCGAGGACUUCAUCAACACUGGCUUUGUUAAGGUUGUGGAUUCCUUGGAAGAAGCCAGGCUAUAUUUAGGCGAAUCGCCUGUUUUGUCCAAGCUGGCGAUGAUCACCAAGCACAUCUACAAUCAGGUUGGGGACCUGAUUCGGACUAAACGUCGACUCAUUUUGGACUGCCUGAGGUCGGGUGUUAAUGAUCAGGCAUGCCGGACACAUCGCAUCGUUCUGCCAAGACUGAUUGAUGCCUGCAAUGGAAUGUUGGAGACAUUGCGUCAUCGACAUCCUGUUGUGAAGCUUUUCGCUAUCGACAUUUCCGACGCCUUUUGGCAGCUUCCUCUACGGUGCAAUGAAAGACGAUACUUUUGCACCAAGUACCGAGGGAAAUACAUCAUCUACGAAAGGUUGGCACAGGGCUCACGAAAUGCACCGCUUGCUUGGUGCAGAUUCAUUGCCCUGGUAUCCAGAAUUACUGCAGGAGUUUUCGCAGCUGACCCUUUUCAGUUGCAAACUUUCGUGGAUGACCCGUUGGUCACUGUUGGUGGCACUGAGCAGUCCACCGAUGAACUCGCCGCCGCAUUCACGCUUUUCUGGAUGAUUCUUGGUUUCAAAUUGGCCUUCCCUAAGGCGCAAUAUGGUCAAAGUGUGAUUUGGAUUGGAGCCAAACUCACCUUCCACACCGACGGCGUGGAAGUUGCCGUAAAGGACGAGACUGUGGAGGCCCUUUUGGGAGCACUGCGGGACUUUCGGCAAGGGUUCAUGUUUCUCUCAUGUGGUUGGAAGCGUGCCUCACUGGUCAAACGGGAUGAGCCUGUUGUCGAUCAUAGAGAAAGGGCUGACCGGGAGAAAGCUCUCGAUGCAGCACGCGACAAAGCUCAAGCUUUGGCCGAGCUCCGUUCAGACUUCGCUGCCAGGCUGGAUGCAGAGGCCGGCAAGCUGUCUUGGCUUCUCCCAGCGUCGAAGACUGAUCCCAAAGCUCUGUCCGUCACUCGCACUUGGAGUUGCAUUUGUGCCGUGAAGUCUGAGUUAUGCCCCGUGCACCUCAUGCACGAACAUUUGCACAAGCUAUCAUCGUACAAGCAAGUUUCUCCUGAGCAGCCUCUUUUUCCCACUGCUGAAGGGAGGUUUCCGGAGAAGGAAACUGUGGUCAGAUCGAUUGAGAUGCUGGCCACGCUGUUGGGGGUAUCUUUGUUUGAUGGUAGCGGGAGACCCCGCUUUGGAGGUCAUUCGAUGCGAGUCUCCGGAGCUCAAUAUCUGAGCUCUAUUGGUCUAGGUGAAUCUCUUAUAUCGUUGCUUGCGAGAUGGGUGUCACCCAUCAUCAAAAGAUAUGUCGCCGAAUCCCCGUUGAACGUUUUGAGUCGAGAGUUCUCCAGAGCUGUCACGUCAACGGAAGGGGGCUGGACAGCAUCGGCGGCUCCUAGGAAUUGCAGCGAUGAGUCGCGUGAGGCAUUGGAGCAGCUUAGGACUUUGCUUGAGGCACAGGCUACCGAACAUCAGAGUCUUGUGACAGAGCUCAAAGAGCUUCGUCAAAAAUUUGAGCUCUCAGAUUCGGUCGGCAAAGUUGGAUUUAUUGUCAACGAAGAAACCGAUGUGGGACACAAAGUGGCCCAUAUGGCUCUUGACAUCCCUGCGAAGGAUUGGCGAGUGGCCUGUGGUUGGCCGUUUGCAGCAGCAAGCUGCAGAUACCGCGUCUGGAACGUUGACGACUUAC